AAAACUCGCAAAUUCCACAAACCCAUCUCCCCCGUAUUAAGCGUUGCGCCACACGAGUUUUAAACUUCCCAAGUUCAUCUCCCGCCAAGGAAUCGAUAGUGUGCGUCCUCGCCCCUGGAAACGAGGGGUGUGGUACCACGGCAUCUGCGCACGUGCAUAUUGUUGUUGUGAGAUGGCUGGACUGCCAUGUUCAGGAGUCGUGAUGUCAUGCCCUUGCUAUUGCGUAUCAAAACAAAAAGACGCUAAACCUGCCGGUACAUAGUUGGCAACACGCGACCGCGACGCGCUUUUGACUUGGUUUCUUGUUAUCCUUGCUGCUUUACUCUAUACCAAAUCCUAAACCGGGAUUCAUAUUGCGAAAAUGCCGUCUAGCAAAGGAAAGCCAACGGAUCCUAAGUUGAGGGAGAAGGUCAAGGAGGAGGUUAAAAACGAGACGAACAAGGACGGUGGUGGUAAGGGGCAAUGGAGUGCUUGGAAGGCUAGCAAGCUCUCGAAAGAGUACGAAAAGAAGGGCGGCGGCUACGAAAACGAAGCCGGAAGCAAGAAUGAGCCAAAGAAGGGCGCCCCGCAGCAAAAGUCCAAGGGCAAGAAGAAGGCUGAAGAGAAAGAAGAGAAGGAGGAGGAGACAAAGGAGGCGGCGGACGAAGAGCCUGCGAAAGAAGAAGACAAGGAGAACGAGAAGAAGGAGGAUGCCGAAGAGGAGAAGGAAAACAACGACGUUGAGGAAGAGGAAGAAGACAAGGAGGCCCCUCCAAGCGCGCAGAAGCCUAAGGCCAACACUGGUGCAAAGAAGACUGGAGCUAAAGCUGGUGCUAAAGGUGCGGCAAAGUCUGGUGAGGCAAAGAAGGCAGCGGCUCCGAAGGCGAAAGCCAAGGAGAGGACGGAAGGAACCAGGAAGUCAUCGAGGGUUGCCGGCGCUGGAAAGCGGAAGACGUAUGAUGAGGAUGAGAAUGACGGUGAGGAGGAGGAGAAGAAGCCAACCAAGGCUAAGGCGAAGAAGAGCAAGUCUUGAUGAUGCGACGCUCUGCGACGCUUCUUUGGAUUACUGGUGCGUAUCGUGACCGAUUGUGCCCAGGUGUAGUCACAGGAUCAAUCAAUCAUGUCCGCAACCAAUAUGGAUGGAUCAGUGGGUAUAACAGGUAGUUUAGUUAUUUCCGAGAUAUUUACUAAACGCUUUCUCCAUAC